GGCCGGCAGCGCCCUGAGCCCGGCGGGAAGGAGGAGGAGGAGGAGGGGGAGGAAGGCGGGGGUCACCCCGCUAAACCGGGCGGGAUGGAUAAGUACGACGAUCUAGGUCUGGAAGCCAGCAAGUUCAUCGAAGACCUCAACAUGUACGAGGCCUCCAAGGACGGGCUCUUUCGGGUGGACAAAGCUGUCGGCAACAACCCCGAGUUCGAGGAGACCCGGCGGGUCUUCGCCACCAAAAUGGCCAAGAUCCACCUCCAGCAGCAGCAGCAGCAACAGCAGGAGGAGAUGCUGAUGGCCGCCCUGAACGGAGGGGCUGCCUUCAACGCCCCCCGGCCCAGCCCGCCGGUGGCACGGGGUGCCAAACCGCCCCCGGCCUCUGCUGCUGAGGGGCCGCGCGCGAGGCCGUACGAGGGAGGGGAGCGAGGCUUUGGCGAGAGCGGGGCACGUGCCCAGGCCCCGGGGAGCCAGGCUGGGCGCCGGAGCUGGGAAGCGGAACCCGACAGGAUUCCCAGAGCGGGGAGCUCACGGCCCGGCGCGGGGCACGGGGAGCAGCAAUCCGGGAGCCCCGGUGACCCCCAGCCCUGCCGUGGCCGGCAGGAGAACGGCAGCGAGGGCAGGCGGGGUGGUGGGGGCCAUGACCUGACACCAGCAGGGCAGAGGUCCUCCUCCUUCUCGCAUGCCCGGACCCCCCCAGCACCCUCAGCAGGGACAGAGGAGGGGGCACCCGGGGCCCUGCCGCAGCAGAGGUCCUCCUCCUUCUCGGCCCCCUCGCUGCAGCCCGCUCGGGGGUCUUCGGGUCCUGCUGAGCCCUGCGGACCCAGGGCCGGAGGAGACAGCAACCAGCUGUGGUACCAGGGGGUCCUGCUGUCCUUCCCCCCCAGCUCCGCUCCUGCCGCCCCGAGCGUGGACGGCCAGCAUGCCGCUGCCUACCCCAGCCCAGCCGGCCACUUCGUGGCCCACGGUCAAAACCACCGGCCCAACGGCAGCAGCGCGAACCCCGAGCCGGGCUCCUCACGCCUGGCCUUGUGCGGGCUGACGGCUCCGGAUGCUCCCCAGCAGCUUUUCCCAGAGGGCGUGAGCGGCCCGCGGUCGGAUGCUGGCCACCCGGAGGGCUCCAGCACGGCGAAGGUGAAGCUGCCCUGCCAGACCCUCCUUCCACAGCCUGAGCAAGGGCCGUCGGCGGCCGAGCUGAAGCUGGAGGCACUGACCCAGCGCCUGGAGCAGGAGAUGGAUGCUCGACCGAAGGCCGAUUACUUUGGGACCUGCGUGAAGUGCAGCAAGGGGGUAUAUGGAGCAAACCAGGCUUGCCAGGCCAUGGGCAACCUCUACCAUGACGGCUGCUUCACCUGCGGAGCCUGCAGUCGAAAGCUGAGAGGAAAAGCCUUUUAUUUUGUCAAUGGCAAGGUGUUCUGUGAAGAAGAUUUCCUGUAUUCUGGCUUCCAGCAGUCAGCUGACAGGUGUUUCAUUUGUGGUCAUUUGAUAAUGGACAUGAUCCUGCAGGCUCUGGGGAAAUCUUAUCAUCCAGGCUGCUUCCGAUGCGUGGUCUGCAAUGAGUGUCUGGAUGGUGUGCCAUUCACCGUAGACUCUGAAAACAAAAUCUACUGUGUCAGAGAUUACCACAAAGUUUUAGCUCCAAAGUGUGCAGCAUGUGGACUCCCCAUUCUGCCCUCCGAGGGGUCUGAUGAGACCAUUCGGGUUGUGUCCAUGGACAAGGAUUACCAUGUGGAAUGUUAUCACUGCGAGGACUGUGGGAUGGAACUCAAUGACGAAGACGGGCACCGCUGUUACCCACUAGAUGAACAUUUGCUUUGUCACUCCUGUCAUCUGAAGCAUAUAGAGAACGGCACAACCCCAGCAGCUGUGUACCAGCACCACUACUAGCCAGCGUGGCCGACAUCGGAAAGCUGGGACAGAAGACUUGUUACGUGAUCUCCCUCUCCCCACACUCAGUUGAUUUCCUGUGCAUGUUUUUCGCCAGUCGGCAGUGUUCCUGAAAAAGGAUAUGAGAGAUUUUUGCCGGAUUCCCAGAGUUUGUAUGCUUGUGAGUUCCAGCUGAUUCAAACCAUGUCUACUUGACCAAGAAUGUGGCCUGUUAUCUAAACUGAUCGGUUUGCUUUUAUGUGCCUUUUUCUGCUGUCUGGAGAUUCCUCUUGACUCAUUUGGGAAGAUUCUUCAGUGAAAGCACAAUUUGCUGUCAUGCCUAUGAACUCAGAUCGUGCCAUGCACAAUUAAAAAGCCAGAGGCUGGCUUGCCUGCCUGCCGGGCACAUCCUGUCAGUCUGCUAAGUGUUUCCUGACAAGCACAUUUCAUCAGAUUCCCUGAAGGACAUCAACCUAUUAAUACCAGUUUUUAGACACUCUCUCUCUUUUUAUUAAUUCUCUAGGAAAAAGAAAGAAAAGAAAGGGGUCUGUGCAAAAUGGCACAGUCAGACCUUUCUGUUAAUUUCCCAAACUCUGGUAUAAAGUCUGACUGUAAAAGCACCAACUCAACUGAUGAGCACAAACCAGGCGUGCUGGCUGGCUGCUGGAGGCCGACAUCAUUUCAAACAGAACAAAAAACUGGAACAAGCUAGGCUAAGUUACUGUGAUGACUUGGGGCCUGGGCUUGCGUGACAGCAUGAUAUGCAGAGGCCAGUAUGCUGUGUCAGAGUCUGAAUAACAUGUCAUAUUUGGAAAGGAAAGGUUGGGAUGCUGAAAGUAUGGACAUGGGGGAAAUCCAUCCUCAUUCUGGCUUGCGGAGCUCGCUGUGGAAAAAAGCUCUCCGUACACAGACACUUGCCUGAGUUUUUCAGUUUGUCCCCACAGCUCAGCCCCCAGCCUGGCUGCUCCUUUCUGUGGUGUUUACCCAGCACAAAGCCAUUUCAUAACGGUGCUUAUUUAGAGCUCUGGGAACAAACUCGAGAUCGUUACGAAGGCUUUGUUACACAGGGAUUUAGAGCCCAGCUCCACAACCUGUACUCAGAUGAGUAUGUUCAUAUAAACAGAUUUGCUCCCAUGGAUAAUAACAGCUUAUCUGAGCAAGGGGUUAGGGAGUUUGGCCCUUACUUUCUGUACUGCUGAGAAAGCAGAAAGGCAAAUUGUUUAUGUUUUUGAUCCCUCCCUGCUUUUAUAUAGUCAAAGAAAUCUGCUCCCCCAUCAUGUGUUACAUAUGUGAUAGUGUGUGCCUGCAGUACAUGUUCUGUAGGUACCAAAGUUGUGUACCCCUCACAUACAGGUACAAAGUUUUUGUUUAAGAAAAAGCUCUUUAAUUUAAAGCCUCAGAUGCAGUUGGGAGUCUUAGCUACCCUUUCCAACAUACUGUGUGGAAAACUAGUUAAAUCCUCUUGUAUCUAUGCUAAAAAUGUAAGUUUAGUUCUGAUUGGUAGAGUAUGGGAUAACAUUCUUGAAGAUCAUUUUAGUGAGGAAACUACAAUAAAUUAGCUGAGCAACUGCACUGGGACUCCCGAAAUGAGCCCAUGCUGAGAACCCACUAUGGUUCAACCAAACCUCUUUUCCAGUAGUAUGGAUGUAUCUAGAUGGGUGCUUGAACUUCACACCACGUAGUCAGACUGCCUCGUGUACCCACCCGGAGCAGCACAAGUUCUGUGGAGCAGCAAGCUGCCUCUCUGUGCCCGUGCUAAUAAAGACCACAGGCCUCCGUUUUGAGCGGUGCAAGUUGCUGAGCUGAGUAUUAAACAGAGGCACAAACGUCUGCUGUAAAACAAAUGGAGACCAGGGGCCUGUUAGCAUCCUCCUACACGUCUGUAUCAGCUUGCCUCGUUGGAAAUGGGAACGUCCGAAACUGCCUAAGCCUCAGGAGCUCAGUGGUUUUGGCAUGGAGAUUCCUCGGGCCGACAGACCAUCCAGCCUUACGCCCCAUCCAGCUGUAAGCGCCUCUGCCUGUUGCUGCUGCUCUUCGGGAUGGGGAUGGCAGCACAUGGCUGGAGGUCAGUCCUGUGCUGGAAACCAUCCAGAGCUCCAGAUUCAGGGUAGCUUGGCUCUGCGGCGCCAUUUCUUGUGGGGAUGUGCAGCCCCACAGUGAGUGACCAAAAGCUCAAGGUGAGGGUCUUUCCCACUGCAGUAUACAUGGCUCUGGGACAUACGUAUCUUUGAAGAGUUUUACCUGUGAUACUAGAGGAGGUAAAAUUGACCCCAGAUAUGCGAGCUGCCUAGAGCCUUAAAGUUAGCCUCCAACUGCUGGAUAGUGAAGGGAUGGGAGCUAACACAAAAUAUAACUGGUGCUGUAUCCCGGCAGUAUGGAUUGGGGCAAUAAAACAGCCAGGGCUGGUCCUGCAGUGCUCUCACCCCAGUGCAUCACAUCGGGUUGGGUCCUGCAACGCAGCUAGGUCUGCAUGGGGGGGUGGUUUCAAGGUGUGACUGAUCGUAGGACUGUCUGAAGGGACUGAGGUGGGAAAUAACACCAGGUGAUAUCCCUGGUAAAUAAUUCACAUAGUCCUGGGCAGGUAGUUCCCCUCCCUGACCUUUCUUUGGCAGCAAAGGCAGCGAGAUAUCAAAGUAGCUUCUGGAAGUGAGCUGGAAGCGCCAGCCUUGGUCAUCUGUUGCUCUGUCUGAGAGACCAGCUACUACGUGGCUCAUGCCUUUGCUAGCUCUUGAUUUUUAGAGCAAGCCCUUAUGCACAUUUUCUGGCCUUUGUUUUGGAAAGAUCUGAAAACACAAGUGGGACUGAUAUUUUCUUUUAAGCUGCAGUUUAAACUACAGUCUCACUCUUGCAGCCUUCCUCACAAUCCCCAGAAGCAGCCCAAAAGCAGAGGAGGGGGAAAAGGACAGUUUUCCUUUGUGGAAAGCCUCAAGCAGCCUGUUUGUGGUGAGCUGUUCCACAGGAGCACCCUUUGCAUCACUGGAAAGUUUGGCCUCUGCUCCCACACAGUGUCUUGUUACUCCUGUCAGCCAUCCCGUAUCUCUCCGUGGUGGGGAAAUGAAGGCUGCCCUACUUUCAGUUUUGAGGUCCUAUAUAAAUCAUUAAGUGCCAAUACUCUCCCAUAUUUAUGAGGAGCUAGAAGCAACAAUGUGAAGCUACUGAAAAUGGAGCGUGUGAGCUCGUGGGUUUGAAGCUAAAGCAUCUACUGCAUUGCCCUGCUCCCCUCUGUGUGCUAACUUGCACCGCUUUUAUCUUUGGGAGUCUGAAUUCAUCUAGGCUCAUUAUUAUUUCUCUGAGGCUGUGGGUGUCUUGAGUCCCUGUUGAUUGUCCCCAGCUUGUCCCUGGCUCUGCAGCUGCCUGACAGUGGGUCCGGGGUGGGGGAGGCAGGGGCAUCCUGCCCAGGGGGGGCUUCUCCUCCUCCUGACCCCCCUCACUGCCUUCAGGCAGCUCCCCAAAGGGAGAAAGGGCAAGCAGGUAGCUGUGGAGCUGCAGGUGCGAGGCUGUGCAUCCUCUUCAGAAAAAUUGCAGAAAUCAUCUUAAAUUCUGCCUGUCUCCUAGCUGAUAGGCAUUGGGUUUUGCUGGUCAUGUGAGCCUUGUUGUCUUUUUAUUUAUUAAGAUGCUGAAACAUGCUAUGAAAAGUUAGUCUUAAUUCCUCCCCCCAGCAUUCUCUUCUGACUGGUUUUAGAGUAGGGGACCCUUGGAAGUCCUAUUGUGCUGGUAAUGAGUAACUCUAAUGCAAAUAGUUCUUCAAGUGAAUUCCUGCAACUUGUUUUCAGGAACCAGAGCUUAACAGAUUUUUUUGUUCAAAUCAUGCUCUUGAAUUUCCAUUGUUUAGAAUGCAGAAACUCAUUUAAAUAAGAAUUUUUGCAUAAAAGCUGGAGAGAAGCCCCAGCUAUAGAAGAAGCAGACAUUUUUGUGUAAUUUAAAGGUGUAAGAAACACCUGUGAGCAAAGUGAUUUAGGAAACUGCCCUGAUGUUAAACACAGGGAACAGCAGUUUCAAACACCCUGGUGAGGAGUAUUUGAUGAGGUCUGUGGCUUUUCAGUUUCUGAGUUUUAUUUGGGGGCUUUAAAAUGUUUUCCUAGUAUUUCAGGGAUUGAAUGAUUUUUUGUAGAUCUUUUUACUACAAACUUAAUAUCUCCAUGGUCUGGAAAUGAUGGAGUUUCAUCAGCAUCAGGUGUGCUAUAGCAGUCUUGAAAGGGAGAAACUGGGCUUGUAAGAGCUGGUGUGAGUUGGCCAUUCAAAAGAAAGGGUUAUCGUUGGCUGCCGAGAGAAAAAAGUAAAUACCUUCCCGUGAUUUCUCCUUUGUGCUGAUUUUUAGCACUGGGCAAAUAUUUGGCAUCCCUGAAUUUCAGUAUUCGGGUCUGUUCGCAAGCGCUGCUGUGACCACCUCUCUCUCCCGUGAGGUCACAGCCCUGGGGAGAACUGCAGGCGCACGCUUCCUAAUGAAUUUAGUCCCUGUUUUGGACUUCCCUGGAAAUUUUGCCACUUUAUUAUUUCAACAACAGCAAAACUGGGUGCUUGCUUAGAGGAAAAUUGACACACGCUCUCCAUCCUUACUUGAACGCUUUGACCUGAUCCUCCAAAUUACCUUUGUGAUCGAUGCAGCGGCGGCUUUGUACUCUGCUGCUGUUGCUAAGAAGAUCACAUGAAGGGCUUCAUCUGCAUUGAACUUCAAGUUCAGAGGCAGUCCCACUGAAACCAAUAAGGCUGUGCACGUACAUGAAAAUCAAUGUGUGUGCAUAGGUCAGUGUUGGAUCAAGGGCAGAGUGAUUUUAUUACAGACAAGAUGUACCUGAAGAUGAAUCUGCAGCAGUGUAAAAGCUGCCUUGAAAUGAUCGCUGAAAUGGACUGCCAACUUCUUUGUUCAAUAAACAAAAAUAUGUACUGAAGCAUUGGGGGUGUAUGGAGAAAGAAGGAUGUGACUUAAAAAAUACAGUAGCUUUAGGGAAAAGAAGGCCGGUGAUUAGGCAGAUUCGCUUUUGUGUAUCGUAUUGCUGGACAUUUAUUAGAGGGGUUUUUGAGGGGUAGCACACCUGCAUAUGCUGGUCCAGACCGUGCCUCUCCCACAUCGGCCUCAGCUGCGUGCUCUGUGUUUGCUUUUGGGGUGGUGUGUGCUGUCGUGUCUGUGCAUGUGGAUGUGCGGCACGGGCUGCCAGUGAGAGACCUGCCUUUCACUCCUCUGUGCCUGUGCCAAGUGUUCAUAGAGGCAUUUUAAGCAACUUUCUGCCCAUAAACGUAAGGACGAGUUGACCCAAGCUUCAUCACUGGGGAAACAUGUCUGGAGUCAGUACCUGCAGGCAGGGAAGGGCUGUGGCCAGAUAGAUGUCCCUUUUCCCCAUCGUCUGAGGCCAAGUGCCUGGGUCACUGGGAGAAGCUGGGGGGAGGUUUGCCUCUCUCAUCGUGCAGCAUUUGUGCGUUCAUUUUUCUUUUCCAUUUCUGUGUCCUGCUCGCUGGCUGCAGCGGCACGAAGGUGUACUUACCAGAGCCGACUGGGCAGACAUCUUCCUGCCGUGAACCCAGACAGAGCCUGGAGCUUCACACCCACCCUUUUCCUAAGGAGAAGCACAAUUAAACUUUUCCGAGCAAUAAAAAUCCUUACCCUGCUUUCUUCCAGGGCAGCCAGCGUGGCAAUAUGCAUUGUAGCCUGCUAAGACAAGAUAAGAGACAGGAAGAAACUGUCCCCACGUGAAAAUACGUGGCAUAGAGCCCCCAGAGGCACUGAUCCUUGUCCCCGCGCAGCAGGUCUGCGGUGCACGGCCAGACAGGGACCCGGGUGCACACACCCAGGCUGUGGCUUUCUGUAUCUGGAAAGCAAAUUAGAGCCUGGUUAAUGAUACUGAAUGGUACUAAUUAUUUUAUGUUUCCUUCAAAGCUCAACUCCAGGAGAGAGUAUUUUAGGAUUUGUGCUGGUGUAACUAACCUUAGCCAUCUGUGAACACAGCCCUCUUUUCUUCUGCGCUGUUAAAUAUUUAUAAAGAAUGAAGGCCAGCAGCGGGAGCGAAGCCGCUGGCCUGUUGUGAUUUCAGUGAUUAAAGACAGUGUUGUAAAGCAA